AUGGGAAAUCUCCAAACUAGAAAACGUCAUGCUGGAGAGGAGCCAGAUGUGGUGCAAACGAAAAAGGCUCGUCUCAGCGAUAGGUGCUCGCCUUGUACCGGUCAGCGACGAAGGAGAUUGAAGCUGGACAGGGGAGAUUCAUCACCAUGUUUGAAAAAACGUCGACUCUCCAAGUUUAUGCACCUUUCCGGGCUCAAAUUCGAUUCGAUUUUCAGGCCAGGUAACUUCUUACGGUGA